AUGCUUGGGCCGGCCAGUUCUUCAGAAGUAGCUCCGUUGUCGCAUGGUGUAGGGGCCUCGGCCACCACAGGCACUGACGCAGCGUCGGCCAACGUCGCCAAGUUAGUUCAGGCUGGCGAUUGUGGCGAAGAAGUGCCGAAUGGUCAAUAUUUACGGUUGUUCAGGAAUCCGCAGACAAACGUACCCACGGUAGUGCACACGAUGACAUUGGAACAGGCCACAUUUCCCGAAGCAUCUUGGCGCAUUAUCGUCGACGAGGACGGUUGGGGCGCCGUGGAGGAUACCGACGGUGUCUUAGAGGCCGUCGCCUUGGAGGACCGUUUCAAUAAUGUCUUGCUACAACAUGAAGAUGGCAGCUUUCACGUGCAGGUGAUGAGCGAGGGGAAGGUGGCGCAGCAGUUCUCACUGUCAAAGAAAAUGGAGCAGUUCAUAGACGUGACCCUUCGUAUUCCAAUGGGCCCGAUGCUCUUGGAAGCGGAGUUGAAGUUUGCUUUGCUGUCCUGGCCUCGGAGUGGCUUCAGAUUCUUCGCCUCUGCGCAUGAGCUUUACGACGCCCUCAACCUCCAGAGUUUCUCAAAGCAGCGCUCCAAGUGGAGCUAUGCAUCCUUCGGCUCGUGGCACAGAUUUGUGGGCGAGCUCUUGGGGAAUGCCGACCACCACGUUCUCCCAUCCGCACACGCGAGCCAGUCCGAGGAUGUCAACAUCCUCCGCCCACAACACGGCCUUCCACUCUUUGAGGGGUCUUACUUUUCAUCUGCAGCCUUGCUCGCCCUGCUUGCCCGAUGGGCAGGCGCUUCCCCGGCCAAGGGUGGACUCAAAGGAGACCGGGACAGAGGAGCGUCCAAGGAUCUUUUAGAUGGACUUCUCCUCUCGGCCUUGGCCAUGCCAGAGGCAACGUUGCCAGUGUACCUCGACCAGGCGUGGGUACCCAAAUGGCCCGCGAAGGAUGCCGAUCCCGACGGGUACCUUCCGUUGGGGGUUGACGGGUCCGUGCAUUUGCGCGCUCUCCUUGCCCCGCCGCUGAGCAACUUCAAGGUGGCCAGGGACUGGCACCGCGCGCUCCAGAAACAACUCAACGCUGAGAUCCCCGAGAAGCUUCCUGUAGGUAGUGUUUUGCGUCUGCUGGCGGGGUCGGUCGCGCUGCGGUCUCUGUUUGCCCAGGCAGUCUGGGCGCUCGCUCGUCAUCUCGAGUACGCCACCUUCUGGAGUUACAAAAAGGGGCCAUGCAAUGAACGCUGCGUGCAAGCGCAUGCCAAGCAGAUUGAACAGGUCCUCGAUCAACCACACGCCCUCCGCAGAGAACUUCUUCGUUACGUGGGAGGCAUGCGUUUGGCCACCGAGACUGUUACGGCUUUCAGCAUGUCGGUGGACAAGGCGCAGAUCGGCAGGGUGGGGCUGCUGAACGGCAUCAUGGCGCUGCCGAAUAACGUUGGCAUGAUCCUCGUCCCGCAGGUCUGCGUGCCGUUCAAGUCCGCGGAGAAGGCCACCGACCGCCAUUCCCGGGCAGUCAAACGAGCCGCGCAGUGCCAGCGCGCCAGGGCCUGGCUGAAGAGGGACACCGCCCACGAGAAGGAUCAGCCCGGGUGGAAAACUCGGAAACGCCAGCGGAUCUCCACGCAAACGUGGUUGGAAAAGGUCGACAACCAGCUGCGAUGUAGCACGUCCCUGCCCGGCCUAGUUUUCAUCGAGCCUGUCUUGGGCGACGGUGCUUGGGAUGCAAGCGUUUGGUCGCAAUGGCCGAGGUGCGUCUUGAGUUCAGAUCAGGGUGGCGAUGGUCUGAGCGCCAUCCACGCAGCGUUAUACAAGGAAGAUUUGGAACUCAAUAUUUGGCCCUUCUGGGAUUGGUGCCGCGGUGCUAAUCGUGACGUCAUUGCAACGUUUACUUCGGGUUCGGAUUUUAACGGGUUGCCACGCGAGCGCCGUUUAGGAAAUCCAGUGGUGCAAGAUAUCGUGUAG